AUGCCUGAAACUGUCGCUGUUAUUGGAGCCACCGGAGCCCAAGGCGGAUCUGUCGUCGCCUCUCUAUACGAAUCGCCAGACCAGUACCACAUCCGUGGCGUCACCCGCAACGUCAGUUCUGAUCGUGUCAAGGAGCUGCGCGCUCAGUACCCCAACGUCGAGUGGGUUGCGGCCGACAACUACGAUCCAGAGAGCCUGCGUCGUGCCUUCAAGAACGUCGACAUUGUCUUUGCCAACACCAACUAUCUGCAGCCAGAGGUCCUGGCGCAGGUUGACGCUGGCGACCUCGAUGCUGAAUUCAAGCUAGGCAAGAACAUUGUCGACGCCGCCAUUGCCGAGGGAGUCUCGCAUAUCAUCUACAGCUCGCUGGAGAGCGCGGCCAAGGGAAGCAAUGGGAAGUAUACGAAGGUGUAUGAGCUUGAGGGGAAGAACAAGAUUGAGCAGUACAUUCGCAGCCAGUCGGACAAGGUCAAGGGAUACUACGUCUACGCUGGAUUCUACUUCCAAAACCUCUUGGGAACGGCAAAGUGGACCACUACUGCCAACAGUGAUGGAGACGAGGUUCCAGCUGUGCGGUUUUCGUACCCGCUGCCUAGGGAUACCAAGCUGCCGUAUGUCGACAUCGAAAAGGACCUGGGCAAUGCUGUGCGUCUGAUUGCUGACAACCGCGGUGAUUACGAGGGCAAGAUUGUUGGUGCCUAUAGUGGACUGUACAGUUCUGGAGACAUCGUCGACACAUUUACACGUGUCACCGGAGUGCCGGCUACCUAUGUCAACGAGAAGUUCGAAGGUUUUGACCGCUCCGAGAUCUAUGCUAUGCUUGAUUACUUUGUCGAGUUUGGUGAGUUCGUGGAGUCUGACGUUGUGUUCGCCUCCAAGGUGUCGCCCCGUCCAUUUGUUGACCUAGGCCAGUUUUGGCAGAGAUACUCUGACUUUAGACCGCCGCAGUGAUGACUACACACAUUAGCUGUCGCUUUAUUUUCAAUCUGACAAUAAAUAAACCAUCGAGUUUAGUCACU